CACCACUGCAGGUAUGUUAAAAACAACGACUACAUGCCGCCUGUUUGCAGCUUUGAAGCCACAGUGAAGCUCAGGAUCUGACAUUUACUAGAAAUCCUCUUCAGAGACAUUUAAAAUGUCUGAUUUCUGUUUGUAUACAGUGUAUUGCGCAUGCGCCGCGCGGGGAAUGUAAAAUUGCUCAAACAAAAAGUAAACAGAUCAUUUUCCAGCAUAUUACUCGCAACACGCUCCAACCAGGAAACACUGAGACCUCCCUCGUAGUUUUCACGCCCGAACACAAAGCCUGGAAGUGUUUUAGUUUCUUUUUUCAGACUUUCUCUCCGACAACACAAUGAACGGAGGACACGUGGACCCUCGAGACUUAUGCUCCUGUCUUCAGUCUUAUUAUAAAGCUGAUUUUAUCAUAAGGGCAUGAACACUGACCUGUUUAUCGGUGGUAGCAGAGGGGAAUAUAUGACUCCAGUUCACACUCCAACAGCCUAGUGGGUGGCAGUAAUGCGCAUCAACGCUGGUUCCAAUGCGCCAUAAAACAGGAAGAAGAAAAAGAAGAAGAGGAGUCAGACAGGAGACCUACUCUAUUUCACCUUCCUGGACUCCUAUAAGAGCGAAAUGGAGGAGAACGAAAACCCCGAGCACCGCACCAACAACCCCGUUAUAAAGGAAGAAUCAGACUCACUCGAUAAACAGGGGAUAGAUAACUCUGGUUCACACUCCAACAACAUAGUGGGUGGCAGUAAUGCACUUCAACACUGGUUACCAGCUGCAAUAAAACAGGAAAAAGAAGAAGAAGAAGAACAGUCCAUCAGUCAGAGAGGAGACCUGCUGGAUUUCACCAACCAGGACCACUACAAGAGCGAAAUGGAGGAGAAUCAGAACACGGAGCACUGGACCAACAACCCCAUUAAAAGGGAAGAAUUAGACUCACCCUCUGCUACCACUGAUAAACAGGGGAUAGAUAACUCCGGUUCACACUCCAACAUCCAAGUAAGUGGCAGUAAUGGACAUCAAUGCUGGUUGCCAUCUGCCAUAAAACAGGAAAAAGAAGAAGAAGAAGAACAGUCCAUCAGUCAGAGAGGAGACCUGCUGGAUUUCACCAACCAGGACCAUUACAAAAGCGAAAUGGAAGAGAACCAGAACCCGGAGCACUGGACCAACAACCCCGUUAAAAGGGAAGAAUCAGACUCAACCUCUUUUACCACCGAUAAACAGAAACAAACAGGAAGAAAGGGAUUCAAACAUCUACGCUGUCAGCACUGUGACAAAGCCUUCACAUCAUCAAAAACUUUAAAGGUUCAUCAGAGAGUUCACACAGGAGAGAAACUUCAAAGCUGUAAACACUGUGGGAGAACUUUUACCACAGACAGUAAUCUAAAAAGGCACCAACGCGUUCACACCGGAAAGAAGCCGUACAGCUGUGAACAAUGUGGGAAAGCUUUUACUACAGACGGUAAUCUAAGAAGGCACCAACGCAUUCACACUGGAGAGAAGCCUUACAGCUGUGAACAAUGUGGAGAAGCUUUUACUACAGAGUGUAUUCUGAAAACUCACCAAGGCAUUCACGCUGGAGGGAAGCCGUACGGCUGUGAGCAUUGUGGGAAAGCUUUUACUACAGAGCGCAAACUGAAAACUCACCAACGCAUUCACACUGGAAAGAAGCCGUACAGCUGUGAGCAAUGUGGGAAAGCUUUUAUUGAUAACAGUGCUCUACAAAAGCACCGACACAUUCACACUGGAAAGAAGCCGUACUGGUGUGAGCAAUGUGGCAAAGCUUUUACUGAUAAAAGUACUCUACGAAGGCACCAACGCAUUCACACUGGAGAGAAGCGUUACUGGUGUGAGCAAUGUGGGAAAGGUUUUACUGAUAACAGUAAUCUAAAAAGCCACAAACGCACUCACACUGGAGAGAAGCGUUACUGGUGUGAGCAAUGUGGGAAAGCUUUUACUGAUAACAGUACUCUAAAAAGCCACCAACGCACUCACACUGGAGAGAAGCCUUACUGGUGUGAGCUAUGUGGGAAAACUUUUACCGAUAACGGUACUCUAAAAAGCCACCAACGCGUUCACACUGGAGAGAAGCCUUACUGGUGUGAGCAAUGUGGGAAAACUUUUUCUGGAAAGAGUACUCUAAAAAGCCACCAACGCAUUCACACUGGGGAGAAGCCGUACUGGUGUGACCAAUGUGGGAAAACUUUUACUGAUAAGAGUACUCUAAAAAGGCACCGACGCAUUCACACUGGAGAGAAGCCGUACUGUUGUCAGCGAUGUGGGAAAGCUUUUACUGACAACAGUAAUCUAAAAAGCCACCAACGCAUUCACACUGGGGAGAAGCCGUACUGGUGUGAGCAAUGUGGGAAAACUUUUACUGACAACAGUACUCUAAAAAGGCACCAACGCACUCACACUGGAGAGAAGCCGUACUGGUGCGAGCAAUGUGGGAAAACUUUUACUGAUAACAGUAAUCUAAAAAGCCACCAACGCACUCACACUGGAGAGAGGCCGUACUGGUGUGAGCAAUGUGGGAAAGCUUUCAGUCAGGGCAGUAACUUAAAAACCCACCAACGCAGUCACUGCCCAUUGCGAUGAACAUAUUUUAGAGGCAGGGUAGCGGUGUCUCCCUGUCUCCUCUCCAAUGGGAUUGUUUACAGCAUGCGCACACAUGACAGACCAGCGCGGACUAUCUUAACACAGAACAUUGCUAAACUUUAGCCUAUAGUUCCGAUUGACAGAUCAAACAUCUGAAUUCAACAUGAUAGAAUAACAACAGUAAGAUUUGUGUUAUUGUUGAAUGUUCAAUUAGCGAAAACAAGUUAACAUAAGUGGAUGAUGGAUGGUCUGCUACUGAUGGUAGCUGCCAGCUAACAUCAGCCUUGUGCUUGGCAAGUUCAUGUUUAGCCUACCAAUUGAAAGUAAAUAACAUGUUAUUAAAAUAAAAUGACAUACGGAUGUCCCGGGGACAAACAGUACUGUCGCUCCGACUUUAUCUGUCCAUUUACUUCCACUGCUAAAAUGCAUCUAUACUCAGAGCAGGGGACUGUCUCUUAAACAGUUCAUCACUUUUGUGUUAAUUUUGUUGGAAGCAUGUGUAAUUAGAGUCCUGCUGUGUGACACUCAGCUCUCAGCCUGCAUUAACCGAGCAGCUGCUUCUGUUCAGGAUGUUAGUUUAGCAUUAGCAUGAGCCUCAGGUAGCUAAACCGCACAGCCGCCAGACAACUCCGUGGAAUUUUCACAACUUUAUGUUUCAGAGUUCAUCAAUAGGACUGCUACAGUGAGCAGACUGAGGCAUGCUGAAACUUUUAUGUUCCUCCAAAAACAGGGAGAUGAGUAAUAAUGAGUAAGAUAAGAAAUAAGUCAGAACCAAUAGAGAAGUUUCAGGUGUGUUGUCUUCCCUUAAUUUUAUGUGUAUAAUACUAAGUUAAUUAAUGAUAAAAAAAAAAUGUGUAAUGUAUGUAGCUGGUCAAUUAUUUGAAAAAAUAAAAACUGAGACAAGAUUUGUAAAAAAAAAAAAAAAGAGAAAGUAUCAGUUUCAUUUCAGAGAUUGAAAAUGGCAUUGAAAUGACAAAUGUGUGUAAUGUGUUGUGUAAUGUAACAUGUUUUACAAUAUGUUUUUGCCUUUCUCUCGAUUUGUACGUUAUGCAUACUUUACAUACUAUACAACCUUAUUGUAUAGUAAGGUUUUUGUUUGUUGUUGUUUUUAAGUGCCCUGAACUGAUUGUUCAGUUGUUUGAAGUUUAUUCAGUUGAAGCUUUGCAUGAGUUUGUUUCAUUGCUCUGCAUUUCAAAUCAUUAAAAUCACAUCGUCAAAACAUG